UUACGCAUGGAGUUAACCUAACCAAAUGAUUGACUUGAACAAAAGAAGUGCCUUGUCAAAUUACUUGACCCUCUCUUUAAAAGGAUGAUGAGCCCUCCUCGCCACCAGUGACAUCUGUCAACCCAAGAUAAAGAAAUAAAAACAAUGCCGAAUUUAGAUGACCUGCUCGUCCACAUCGGAGAUUACGGACCAUACCAAAGGAGAAUCACUGUCCUCGGGUCUCUGCCGGUGCUGACCUUCGCGUUCGUCCUCGUAGGAGUCGUGUUCUUGGGGAACACUCCCGUGCACUGGUGCCGGACCUCCGGGACAGAGCACAUCCAGGACGAAUGUGACUGGACAGACAAGGAGCUGCGUGAACUCACCGUCCCGCUGUUGGAUGAGUCGGGACAGGGCGCAUUGGGCACCUACAGUCGCUGCCAGAGGUUCGAUGUGGCCUGGAAGUUCUGGAACCGCAGCCAGAGCAACUGCAGUGACUUCAUCGACUGGCCCUUGAUUUCUAAUCUCACCCAGUUACCGGUAGUCGCGUGCGAUAGCGGCUGGGUGUUUGAUCCGUCUCGCACUACUAUCGUUUCAGAGUUUUCCUUAGUGUGUGAGGAUUCAUGGCUUGCAGAUUUGAUUCAGGUGUCCCUGGCUGGAGGGUUCUUCAUUGGUGCUUUUGUCACUGGAUACUUGGCAGACAGGUUUGGAAGGAAGCCCUGUUUCAUCCUGUCUAUGUUUGGCCUGGGGGUGUCAGGGAUAGUUGUGAUGCUGUCACCCUCUUACCCCCUGCUGCUGCUCUUCAGAGUUCUCCAGGGCUUCUGUUGCAAGGGAGCAUGGACAGUCAGCUAUGUGUUUAUCAUUGAGUUCUUUGGCUCAAACAACCGGAAGUUUGUCUCAUUGCUGUCCCGUACCUUUUAUUCCACUGGGAUGGCCAUCCUACCUCUCUUGGCAUAAUUCUUGCCCUCCUGGAAAACCCUGCAGCUGGCCAUGAGUCUCCCCUGCUUCAUCUUCAUCACUUACUUUUGGCUCAUUCCAGAAUCUCCUCGCUGGUUGUUGUCACAACGAAGAACCAAAGAGGCUAUGAGGAUCGCUAAAAACAUUACCAAGUGCAAUAAGAGAACUGUCCCUGAGAAUUUUAGAGAGUUUGAUCCUCUGGAGGAGAAGCAGGAGCAGGAGGCAGAGAUAAGUCGUCCGUCAUUCAUGGAUCUGUUUAGGACGUCCAACAUGAGGAGAAACACUCUGAUCCUCAUCUACGCUUGGUUCACGAGCGCAGUGGUUUUCCAAGGGUUGGUUCUCCGCCUGGCGAUCACUGGAAACAAUAUCUUCCGGGAUUUCUUCAUCUCUGCAGCCGUGGAGCUGCCCACAGGCCUCAUCUUCUACCUGUUGGUGGACAGGGUUGGACGGAGACCUCUCAUGGCUGUGUCUAACUUCAUAGGAGGAGUCGCCUGCCUCAUAGUGCCCUUCGUCUCAGUAGACUAUCUGUGGCUGAAGAAAGCCAUAGCAAUCAUUGGGAGGCUUUCUGUCGCCAUUGGAUUUGAGACGGUCAAUUUUGCCAACUCUGAGCUGUAUCCAACACCUCUCAGAAACCUGGGCGUGUCUGUGUGCUCAUCAGCCAGUGAUAUAGGAGCUAUAGUUGCCCCUUUCUUGCUCUACAGACUGGCCAGUAUCUGGCAGGAACUGCCUCUCUUCCUCUAUGGUGUCAUGACCGUGUUGUCCAGUGGACUGGUCAUGCUAUUACCAGAGAUGAGAGGCAUCGAUUUCCCUGAGACCAUAGAAGACGUGGAGAACUUAAAUGGGGUGGUGUCUGCAGCAGGGGCCAGUGCUGAUGAGGUGGUGCAUAGUGAAGGGCGGGACCUCCAGCGGGAGGAGGGGCCAGACCUCCACCUCCCCUUCCUGUUCUCUGAGGAUGGCUAUGACACGGUUGCCAAGAAGAGGGCAGCAUACCAUGAUGAUCUGGAUCUAACCAACUGGUUUAUGAUUCCCUCAGCAUUGGAUGGUAGUGGCCCUGCUAAGCCCAACGGAAUCUGUGGAGAAAAUUGUUGCCCCACAUCUAAGCCCAGGACAGACCUGUGCUGGCAGUGCCAGAAGAACAACUAUCAGGUCUUCAGAUAUGCCAAUAUGCCAGAAGCUGUUAAAUCAGCCAAGCUGAAGAAGCAAGAGCAGCAUCUCCUGCUUGUUCAGAGUGAGCGGUCUGUCUACCAGAAGAUGGUUGCUGACAGAAAACCACAACAAGUCAACUACUUGAUUGAUGAAGGCAUGUCAUCCAGCACAGGCAGCAGCGCAGUCAUCAACUACAUGCACCAUUUCUUCACCAACUACGGAGUUGGGGAAACACGUGUUGACCUGAAUUGUAAUAACAGCAGUGGCCAAAACAACAAGUCUGUUCUCUGGUAUUGUGCCUGGCGGACCAUGCACAUGCUGCACCACAGUCUGGACCUUCACUUCCUGAUCACAGACCACAACAAGUUUGCCUGGUGCUUCAGCCUCAUCAAGCAGAGUGAACACUUUGUCUGA